AUGCAUUUCCCGUCCGUCCUGGCAACCCUUUGGACCGUGGCACUCGCCCCGGUGCUGGUCCUCGCCGACAACGCCGACAGCAACUGCCCAGCAGAACAGUCGGUCCCGUGCAACUUUGGCAAUGGGGUGCCCCGCUGUCUCGGCGUCCAACAAAGAUACUACUGCCUCCUCAGCUGCCCGAAGGGUAGCACCUGUCCGUCAGACUGUGAGAAGGCGGGCAAGGGCGGAGGAUGGUGCGCCGCGGAUAACGGGCCCAGCUGGAGCGGAGACGCUAUCAUUGUAGGAGACUGGUUGGAGGCGAUUCCGGGCUACAUUACGGCGAUCGGGGACACCUCAGAGAGAACUUUUAAGCUACCACAAUAA